CGACUGGAAGCUUCCUCUUGCCCCAUUCGCUUGCCAUACACGUGCACCACACACGCGCACUCACACAGCAGGUGCUGCUCAACUUAUCCCGAGCAGGAGAAAACGAAAUGAUGUCGACGAUCAACCCAGAUCCGCAGCAAUGAGCUCCUCUUUUCCGAAAUCCGACUCCACAACCUCAUUGCUGAAAUCUUCCUCGAGAAGAUCCACGCACGUCCACGAACGUACGGCAGAGAGCCGGAGAAGUCACCACCAGCAUCAUCACCACCGUCCCGCUGUCCACAGCAACGGUACGGCCGAGGAGGCUUGCCUGACGGCGGACAGUGACGUGAGUGCUCGUAGACCUCUAUGCCACCCCGCGCUCAUCGGCAACCAGGACGGAGGUGAAUCCACGCGGAUCAAACGCCGAUCACACGCAUCUGACAGUCGGGACACCUCCGAGCUUCACGGUGAGGCCGGCCGUGGUGUGCGGGAGCGUGGCACACACCGACACCACCACCGCAGGAAGCACACCCGCGAGGAGCGACAACCGGCAGCUGGUCCCGCCGAACCUGAGCCUCCACGCCGUUGCCGAGCUCGCCCUUUUCCCAGAGCGUCUUCUCUUUCGGACAGCCACGACGACAGGACUCCACUUUGCGAGCCGCGGGACCAGAAGCGGGCCGGUGUGGCUAAACGAGGCGACCAGGCCAGUACUUCCCCUCCGUCCGCAUGCUCUCCUGUGCCGCUGUCCAGCACCUCCUCUCGGCGCUCCCGGAGGUCCAGCGCUGCUUCUUCUGCAUCGGAUGUAAACUUACGUACUAUCCUUAAUUCACUAUUUGGCCAGGACAGAGAGCUACGUCCUGAGGAAAUGGAUGAGUUGCGGGAUGCGUUUAAAGAGUUUGAUAAGGACAAGGAUGGAUUUAUCAGCUGUAAAGAUCUUGGAAACUGCAUGAGAACUAUGGGAUACAUGCCCACUGAAAUGGAGCUGAUCGAACUGAGCCAGCAGAUAAAUAUGAACCUGGGAGGCCAUGUGGAUUUUGAAGAUUUUGUAGAGUUGAUGGGUCCAAAACUCCUUGCCGAAACAGCAGACAUGAUAGGAAUAAAAGAAUUAAAAGAUGCCUUCAGGGAGUUUGACACAAAUGGAGAUGGUGCCAUAAGUACAUCUGAGCUACGGGAUGCAAUGCGUAAGCUUCUCGGCCAUCAGGUGGGUUUAAAUGAAGUGGAGGACAUUCUACGGGAGGUUGAUUUGAACGGGGACGGCCUUGUUGACUUUGAAGAGUUUGUACGCAUGAUGUCUCGUUAGGACCAUAGAAAGAUCAAUCUUGAAUGUGAAGCGUUGUCGCUUGCUGUGCUUGAUCAAGUACAGCUACGAUCUCUGAGCCAUUCAAAAAUUGACUGACACUGGAAUUUCAGCCCCUUGAAUGUUUUGGACUUUCAGUCAAUAAGUGUUCUUCCUGAAAAGUCUCCAGUCCAACUGAGGCAGAACUUGCUGUAGCCUAGCUGAUGAUUGUAAAUUUGUUUUUCUUGCACUUUAACUCUCACUCAGUAACUUCCUGGUGUCUUGUCACUUCUUCUACAUGGUGACAUGAAAUGUCUAAAAUGUUGCCUUCUAUGUUAGACAAUGUCGGAAUGAGAGAAAAAUACAGUAGUCGAUACAGGUUCUCACAUUGUACACAUUGUUAAAUGUCUGCUUGAUGUGUGUUGAUCCAAAUGUGUUUGUGGGAUGUCUUCUGUGUCACACUGGUGCUCCACCUGGGAGCCCAUGUAGCAAUACAACCAUCUGUGAUCUGUCACUGUGCCAGUAAGCAUCACCAAGACAAUACAAGUGCAAUACUGAUGCCAAUAAUUGUGUUAUCCCUUCAAGUCUGACAUCAUAGGCAGUUAAUUUCAUUCUAAGACCAUUCAUUUUCUACCGCUUUUUCCUCACGAGGGUCGCGGGGGUGCUGGAGCCUAUCCCAGCUGUAUUCGGGCGAGAGGCAGGGUACACCCUGGACUGGUCGCCAGCCAAUCAUAGGGCCAUUCUAAGACCAGGGGUGUCCAAACCAAAGCAAAGCAAUAUUAGUAUAUAAUGAUAUCACCCAAAGACAGCUGGGAUAGGCUCCAGCAUACAGUAAGCGGCAUAGAAAAUGGAUGGAUUCAUUCAUUCAUUUUUUAUUGCUUAUCCUCAAGAGGGUCGCGGGCAUGCUGGAGCCUAUCCCAGCUGUCUUCGGCAUGCCCAGCCGGGAAAAGGCCCCGGGGCAGACCUAGGACACGCUGGAGGGAUUAUGUCUCACAGCUGGCCUGGGAACGCCUUGGUGUCCUCCCGGUGGAGCUGGAGGAGGUGGCCGGGGAUCGGGAAGUCUGGGCUUCCCUAUUAAGACUGCUGCCCCCGCGACCCGGACCCGGAUAAGCGGAGGAAAAUGGAUGGAUGGAUGGAUGGACAGCUGGGAUAGGCUCCAGCAUACAGUAAGCGGCAUAGAAAAUGGAUGGAUUCAUUCAUUCAUUUUCUACCGCUUAUCCUCAAGAGGGUCACAGGCAUGCUGGAGCCUAUCCCAGUUGUCUUUGGGGGAGAGGCGGGGUACACUCUGGACUGGUCGCCAGCCAAUCACAAACAACCUGUAUGGAUGGAUGACAUAUCUAAUUAAAAAUGUAUUGGUUUUAUUUUUACAAUAUGCCAAGAGCUAAUACAAAGCAGGUUGCUUGAUAAAAAAAAGGCCCCCGGGCCACAUUUUAGACAUCCCUGGCUAAGACCAAUGCACUUCCUUUAAAGCUGAAAUUUAGUGGACCGAAGUUCUUGUGGUUGUUGUCAGCACAUGGCUAGAAGUCACAUAGUUAUCAGUCGAGCCGUGGUGUCAUGUAAUGUCGGAAUGACAUGUGUGAGCAGUCUUUACAGUGAAUGUCAGUGUCAACAUGAUUGUACUUGUGCAAAAGUCUCUCAAGUCUGUGUUGUUGAAGCAAAUUCUAUGCAUGCCAAAGAGAGAAGUGGAUUCAAUUCAGUAUGCACAUUUUGUCUUACAUAGUCAACAACAUACCUUGCCUAGUGCAGUCUACACAAUAAAGUUGAUUCAAUUUCAGAUUGUGAGUUAUCAUACUGGUGUAAAUGACUUUUCUUUAACAGAAAAAAAUCACUUUUGACUUUAUUUCGUCAGAUCAGUGAUGUCCAAACCUCUUCCACCGAGGUCUGCAUACUGAAUCAAUGGACAUGG